AUGUCCAGCUCACCGAAAGCCAAACGCCUGAUGGACGCCAUUACCGAAGCCCACCGCAUGUCCUACCGCAUAGGCCGCGGCGAACAAGGCGUCCUAACAUUCGAACCCUACAAGUCUCACAUCCUACCACUAUGGCGCUUCCGCACCGUCCCAAUCGCUAAAAAGAGCGCUGAAGACCUAUGGGAAAAGUUCGAAGAGUUCAAGGGUCAACGCGACUUUGUAGGGAUGGAUAUGACGCGCAAGUUCAUCCAGAUGGGCAUGACGCGUGCGAAACGAUACGCGAAUCAUGCUGGUGGACGGAAGUAUGCGAAGGGGACGCAUAAGGAAUUACCGAAGAGUGAGGAGCAUCCCGAUAAGAAGGAGAAGGAGAGGGCGAGUUUGAUCUUUCGGGGAUAUUGGGAACGGUGUAAGGAGGAUGAGGACUAUCAAGAUUUGAAGAAUGAGUUUCUCAAGCAGCAGAAAGAAUGGAACAAGUCAUGA